AUGACCACAUGUUUGGUGUUUGCAUUCAUUCUCGACAUUCAAUUUGUCGGCAAUUUAUGACAUUAAGUGAUACCACGACUCAAAUUAAGUGUCCACUCAAUCAUCACGUGAACAGUGGUGGCAGUGAUUGAGUGAUUGUGUGGUAAAUAUGUUGAGAUCAAUGGUGACACUCAAUGCAAACCUGAACUGCAAAUGUGUUUCGAUGCCGAAGAAUGUGUGGCCAAUGAGUGCCAAUUGGUGUCAAUACUCGACACAACUAUCACCACAAUUGGUGCCAAACGAGAAGUUCAAUGCAUUUGUGGCGCAAAUGAAUGCCGAGAAACGGAUGGCAAACAGGUAUCUGUUGAUUGAAGACAAGUGCAACUCUUUGGCGAAACUCAAUGCUCACAAUUUGUCACAACUUCUGGACACUCGUGUCAAUCACAUCCAUCGCUGGAGUUUCAACCAAAACAGCUGUGCUUUAGUUGAGUUAAAUGAAGACAAUUAUUAUCUUCGACGAGACAUCAGAAGGAACUUUGGUUGCGAUGACAGCCGACGAUCACAACUCACAGUGAAGACCAAUGGUCUCAAGUUUAUUACACUUAAGACGUGUCCGAGACUAUCGCCCAAUAAGACAAAUAGUGGUAAUAAUGAUGUGAUCCGUGAGAUGACUACCAGAAGGAGAGACGCCUCUUAUCUGAACACUAAUUAUUUGAGACAAAUAAUGAAGACUAAUGAAGAGUUGCUCUCAUAUCUGGUUUAUGGCAAACACUUCGAUGUCUUGGAUCUUAAGCUUAGGUUUUAUAUUAUCUCACAAUUAGAGCAAUAUAUCUGCCAUACAUUCUUCAAGAACCACCAAAUACUGCCUUUUGGAUCGUCCAUCGCUGGUCUGGGAACUCCUAACAGUGACUUAGACUUAGUACUGGUUCCCAAUAAGUUAUCCGAAGACCAGUUGUCCAGAGAGGGUGAUCGACAGCGGUUGACAACAAACCUCAAUCUAAUCGCAGAUCUAUUGCAACAUUCAGUCCCAUAUUAUUCCCAUUUCUCGCGUAUACUAAAGGCUCGGAUUCCGAUCAUUAAGUUUGGCUUUGAAUUGGCGCCCAUUGACAUCGACCUCUCCAUCGAGAUAUCACCACAUUCUGUCCACUCCGGGGUCUAUAUGUCUGCAUAUCUGAAUCAUUGUAUUCUUCUGCAUCCAUGUGUCAGAGAUUUGAUACUUUUGUUAAGAGUUUGGGCCAAACAGCACAAGCUAUUAAAACCGAAGAACUGGUCCACACAUAUAGUAUACAACGGGUUCACAUCGUUUCAAUUGACAGCUUUAGUCAUAUACUUCCUUCAGAAGCAAGAGAUUGUGCCACCGAUGAGACAAUUCCUAAGCCAUACAUCUGAUCGCUUCAUCCUAAGCCGUCGAGACGUGUCGACUCUGGAACUAUUGUCCGAAUUCUUGGAGUUUGUGCUGUCGUUGAGGUGUGAAUGGGAGGCCAUCUCUAUACUGGACGGCACGACGUUCCCGAACCCCGAGCCCCACCUUCCCAUUUGGAUGCAAAACCCUUUCCAAACUGAGCUCAAUAUGUGUCGAAACAUAACUCCCGUUAAAUUCGAUAAGUUCUUAGAAAUCACUCAUUUGUCGUCAGAAAUCAUGAAAACCAAAGCAUUUAAUUUAGUCGACAUUUUUGACAAAGACUUGCACAUGAAUUCGUACGCAAACGGAUCCAAGACUUCGAGAAUUGAUGUCGAAAAUCUGUUUAUAGAUUAA